GUGGCUUCGCUUGUUGCGAUUUUUCAUGACUAAUAUUAUCAUAAGAAUCACUAUUUUUAGUAGGUUUUCAAUUCAUAACAUCAAGGAAUUGAACCAUAUAGCGUCAGUAGUUCACCAUUAAUAUAGUAUUGAUAAUUUUACUUUAUUUUAAGUGUAUUUGAAGUAAAAGUAGAGCAAGAUGACUUUCGCCGAAUUCUUCAGCUGUUCCCUGCUGGCCUUUGGGCCUCCUCUCGUAAUGUUUGCAAUGACGAUCGCCAAUGAUCCUGUGAGGAUUAUUAUCAUGAUCGCAGCGGCAUUUGGGUGGCUACUGUCAUUCCUGUUGUCGUCACUUGUGUGGUUUGCUGUAGUGCCUUUACGGACAUAUUUAGUGUUUGGAAUGGUGUUUGCUAUUGUAUUCCAGGAGCUCUUCCGCUAUGGCAUGUAUGUGCUUCUCCGGAAGACCGAGGCUGGCCUCAAGGAGAUCUCGGAGAAUCAUGAGAUUGGCAGUAACAAGCUGGAGAUGGCUUAUGUGUCUGGACUGGGAUUUGGAGCAAUGAGUGGUGCAUUUGCUCUUGUCAAUGUCCUAGCUGAUUCGGUUGGACCAGGCACUCUAGGCCUUCAAAACGGCACAGAAUACUUUUUUGUUACAAGUGCUGCCAUGACACUCUGCAUGAUCCUGCUCAACACUUUCUGGAGUGUCAUCUUCUUCAGUGGCCUGGAUGACAAAUACUAUCCAAAGAUAGUCUGGGUGGUUGGGUCCCAUUUCUUUGUAUCAGGAUUAAGUUUACUAAACAGAAAUGAACUGUAUGCAGCUACUAUUAUACCGUCAUAUAUAGUGCUCAUAGUAACGGCGUAUUUAGCGUACAGGUCCGCUGGGGGUACUGGUAGGAGCUUUUUGCAAAGCUUUUCUUCCAGAACAUAGAAUAGGAGUUA